AUGCAAUGCCCCAGGGAGGCCCCCCUCAGGUCCCUCGACGGAAGCUUCCGCGAGCGCCCCCUGACCCCCACCCUGGAAGCCCCCCUCAUCUUUGUGGGCCCCCUGCCGCCGCCCCCAGACCGAUCCGACACGUCCGCACCGCCGGAGCGGCGGCAGCAGCAGGGGCCCGGCCUCGGCUUCUGGCCGCCGUGCCCUGGGGCGGUGUCGCUGCACGCGCUGAGUCAGCAGCAGAUCGACGCGGCGCUCGCGAGCGGCGGCCACGUCAUCCUCGCAGUCGCCGAGGACGCGCCGCCAGCGGGCGGCGAGGACGCCGCCGCGCCGCGCCUCGCCGCGCCCCGCGGCAGGCGCGGCGGCGGCGGCGGCGGCUCCUACUGCUGCGCCGCGCGCGUCGCUGGGCUGCUGGGCGGCUCCGCGCGGGUCGUGGCGGAGAGACGUGCGGCGGUGCAGGCGCUGGACUCGAAUCGCGGGCUGGCGCAAGCGGCAGAGCUGCCUGAUCGCUGGGUGUACAUGGUGCGCGCCUCGGCCGUGGCUGAGGCGCUGUCGGCAGCAUCUGACAGCAGCAGCAGCGGCAGCGGCGGCGGCGGCGCGGGCCCGCCGCCGCGCGACGUCCGGACGGCGGUCGAGCAAGUGGUGGACGGCGCGGCCGAGGCGGCGCGGCAGCUGGGCGGGUGCAGGGAGCUCGCGGGGGCGCUCGCGGCAGCGGCGGCGGACGGCGGGGACGAGCGUUUGGAGGCAGCCGCGCGCGAGGCGGAGGCGGAACUGGAGAACUUGCUCGACUGGGCCGAUGCAGGUGGCAGCAGCGGCAGCAGCGGCGGCGGCGGGGAAGGGGAGGCGGGGGCCGAGGGGGCGAGCGGCGCGGCCGCCUGGGAGCGCGCCGUGCGGCUGUCGUGGGCGCCGUUUGCGGCGGCAGCGCUGGCGGAGCUCUUAGAUCACCUUGACCCGGUCAACAGCGGCGGCGGCGGCGGCAGGGACGGCGGCGACGGAGGGAGCGAUGGUUGUGGGGGUGCGGCGUCGAGGCUGCGAGAAGCGCGCCUGCGGGCCAUGGAGGCAACCGACGCCGGACUGAGGCUAGAGGAUGGGAUCGAGGUCGCGUCAAAGGCGCGGGCGCGGCUGGCGGCGUUGGUCGCGCUGCGGCGCGGGUAA